AUGCCGACAGAGCUGGUACCUCUCUUUGCGGCCAUUGCUAUCCAGGCUCUACCCGCAUCGGCUCUGUCUGCUUGGUGGAGAAAUCGUGGAGAGCCCUUCGGCCUUUCGCGCCUCUGCUGCGAAGUGGCAGCCUCCAAGGGGUCGGUGGCGUGGCUGCAGGAACUGCCGAUGCCCUCUUGUAGAUCUUUCAUGUCUGUGCUGGCCUGUGGAGUCAAAGUGUAUGUCUUGGGCGGUCAGCGUCCAAGCAAAGCUCCCUUCAAGCUUCGACACCUUGGCUUUUACCCGCUCGCCUCCUUCGAUUGCUUCGAUGCGGACGCGCAGGCCUGGGAAAGCCUGCAACCAAUGCCGACGGCCCGGCGUGGUUUGGCAGCCACCUUUGCGGAUGGCUACAUAUACGCAGCUGGUGGAUCAAACUGCACCGAUCGGCUAAACGUGCUCGAGCGCUACAGCUCAAAGCAUGGUUGGGAAACGAUGGCGCCGCUGCCGACUGCCAGGGAGGGCCUGGCCCUGGUCAGCCUGAGGCAACGCCUGUUCGCCAUUGGAGGCUUGGGUCUGAGUGGCGCCCCUUUGAAGGAUGUGGAGGUCUUCGAGCCACCAGGCCGUUGGACAAGGCUGAGCUCCAUGCCACAUGCCUUUGGCAACUGCUCGGCGGUCUCGUUUGGUGGAAAGAUCUAUGUCUUUGGUGGCUAUUCAGGCAUCGGCAGUGAGGAGGCCUGGCGACAAACUGCUCUUCAGCAGUUCGACCCGCAAGAACAGUGCUGGCAUGCGCUUGGUGGUGCAGCACUUCCACACCCGCGCUGGGGGAGUGCUGUGGCGCUGGAUGCCGAGGGCCGUCUCUUCGUGUGCGGUGGCUACAAGGAGCUUCGUGCGAGCCGUCACGUGGAAGUGCUGGACCUCCGUCGGCCUCACAAGGGCUGGCGAACUGGGCCGAUGUUGCCUGGUGCUUGCGCUGGUUGCAGUGCCACCUCUGUUCGUCUACCUGGCUUCUUGCGGUGA